AUGGACAACAGAGGCCUCCCUUUCAGAUCAAUCCUAGCUCAUUCUCUCUGGAUAACUCUUGUUGGAAUCCUUCUCUUCACUCUCUCAACCACUAGAAGACAUAACUUUGGUUACAUCAAGUUUUUUUCUAUAUUCGGAACAUUGCUUAUAACUUUACCUUGGAUGAUCCAACUUCUUGUCACUUCUGCUGUCAUAUUACUGCACAAGACCAUAGGUUACAACCUCAUGUGGAUUGUCCGAACACCAAAACCAUCCAACGAGAAUCAUCUCACAAAUGUUGUCACCAUAUCUUCUUCUUUAUCAUCUCCUCUUCCUUCUGGCCAAGUUCUGAAGAAAGAUGACACAGGUGAGAUCGAGAUUAAAAUUGUGAUUCCAAGAAGUCCAUUGUCAACUCACUUGGAGAUUGAAGGAAGCAAUAAUACCAAACUUGUCACAAAUGGAUAA